UAUUUCGCAUUACUUUCAUCUCGUAGAUCCGACUUGUAUCUUUGAUUCGGAAAAAAGUAGAAAAUGGGCGAUCAAUACUUAUGCCUUGAUGAUGUCAAAGGAGACGGUUCGGCGCCACCACCAAUGGCAAAUGCUGUGUCGGCUCCGUCCCCAGUAGCUGCUCGGACACCACCGACGUUUGUGAACGUUCCACCACCACCGGCAGGAAUCCAGAAGGACAGAAGUGUUUCCAAAAAUGACACCACUCCUGAACCAAAAGCGAGUACAAAGGACGCAUCAUCCGUGCUUAUGGAUCCAGAGAAUGAGAACAAAAGCGGCUCUUCAAAAUUGCCACUUGUGAUUCGAAUUCUUCUCACAAUCAACACUAUCCUGUUCCUGAUCGUUCUCGUCUUCUGGUUCUUGACACUCUUCACUGGACUCCAUUUGAUCAAUAUCUCCUUCAUUAACAAUAUGUUUAAGUGAACUCUUCAAUAAAUUGUGAUUUAUGGAAAUAAAGUUCUUAACUUUCCCCC